GUCGCCAUGGUGACGGGGCUGUGCCCUGGGAGGUUGUGAUGGGUUGACAGGUGCGUGACAAUCGGAGCUCUCUGCAAGCAUGUACGCCAAAGGCAAGAGUAGCAACGUGCCGUCCGACAGCCAAGCCAGAGAAAAGUUAGCUCUAUACGUGUACGAGUACCUGCUGCAUGUAGGAGCACAGAAGUCCGCACAGACCUUUCUCUCAGAGAUCCGAUGGGAGAAGAACAUCACAUUAGGAGAACCUCCGGGGUUCCUCCACUCCUGGUGGUGUGUUUUUUGGGACCUGUACUGUGCUGCUCCAGAGAGAAGAGACACAUGUGAACACUCGAGUGAAGCCAAGGCCUUCCAUGACUACAGUGCUGCAGCAGCUCCCAGCCCUGUCCUUGGGAACCUUCCUCCAGGAGAGGGCAUGCCAGUGGGACCAGUCCCUCCAGGAUUCUUUCAGCCAUUUAUGUCACCUCGGUACCCCGGAGGACCCAGACCUCCCCUCAGAUUACCCAAUCAGGGACUUGGUGGAGUCCCGGGUAGCCAGCCCAUGUUACCCAGUGGAAUGGACCCCACAAGACAGCAAGGACAUCCAAAUAUGGGCGGACCAAUGCAGCGGAUGACUCCACCCAGAGGCAUGGUACCACUCGGGCCUCAGGUAUGGGACCAGAACUAUGGUGGUGGGAUGAGACCACCGCUGAACGCUCUGGUCGGUCCUGGGAUGCCUGGCAUGAACAUGGGACCUGGUGGGGGUAGACCCUGGCCAAAUCCUCCCAACUCCAAUUCGACCCCGUACUCUUCUGCGUCUCCAGGAAGUUAUGUGGGACCUCCAGGAGGCGGUGGGCCACCUGGGACCCCAAUAAUGCCAAGUCCAGCAGAUUCAACCAACUCUGGCGACAACAUGUACACGAUGAUAAACACAGUCCCUCCAGGUGGAAGCAGACCAAAUUUCCCUAUGGGUGCAGGUGGCGACGGUCCAUUAGGGGGAAUGGCGGGAAUGGAGCCCCAUCACAUGAACGGAUCAUUAGGGUCAGGUGACAUGGACAGUCUCCCCAAGAACUCUCCUGGUAACCUAAGCAUGAGUAACCAGCCCGGCACUCCGAGGGAGGAUGGAGAGAUGGGAGGAAACUUCCUUAACCCUUUUCAGAAUGAAAGUUAUUCUCCAAACAUGACGAUGAGCGUGUGAAGGCUCUGGAAGCACAUUCAGUCAUUCGCUCAGUAAAGCUGAUGUGGAUCGGUGAAAAGCAGAGAGACAGGAUGUGACGUCAUCUUGCCAUUGACUCUUUCUCCGCCACCACCUGCCAAGUCAGGACAGUCGCCCCAGGGUCCGUCCUUUUACGACCCCCGACCCCAACCCAACCCCCUCCAUUGUUUCUGUCCCCGUCUCUUCUCUCCUGUUUCUUCUCCCGUUCUGAGUGUUGACUCUGCCACAUUCAUCCAUUCUUCUUCUGCAACUACCAGACUGUACAAAGCAACCAAACUGAAACAUCCUGGAGUCGAACUAUUUGUAUAUUUGCAUACGGUGCGUAUGGGACUGUGCGCACACUCCAGUCACAGACAGACGUGUCUGCCUUUUGCAUCAUAUCAUGCCCGCAAAGUUUAGGCCCAAAAGCAAAUGGCCAGAAUCCUAUUUAUCCGCAAGCUUAAAUUUUCAAGGACUAUAAGACAUAAGACACUUUUUGAUUGAUGAUGACAUUUAAUCCAACGGGUUGUCACACUGAACAACUUUUGUCUUUACUUGGCAAAUGACUUUGUCAAAUUACUGGAAGAGAACUGACAUCUCACCAAGCCUUAAGCUUGUGCAGACAUUUGUAGUAAUUUGAAGUAUUUUCCACCAACAUUGUGUUUUAUGUACAAUACUAUGGGUCUCAAGAAUACAGUUUUUUUAAAUUUUCCUCCCCAAACUCAGCCACAAAUGUGCAAAAAUGUAAGAUCUCUCCCUCUGCCCCACAUGUGUUGUGUUUGCAAGGCCUGGUGAGGCAAAUGAAGCGCAGAUCAAAGCCACCCUUUUCAGACUUCAAAGCUGCUGUAAGUGUUAUUUUCCUACGAAAAUAAGUGUUAAAUAGCUCUGUAUUCCACUUGUGAUUUUUGUCAGUCACCCAUGUCUCUCCUCCCCUCGCUCAUGCAGUAAAAGAAGAAAAAAACAUUUUCUGGUAUCCCUGCCCACUCUAUCCAAUCAGGUCAGAGAACUCUGAAAGUGGUGUGGUGCAGAGAGGAGGGAGAGGAUUGCUAACUGCGUAACAGACAGGAUGCUAGCUGAAACGAUGACGUAAAGCUUACAGCAGCUUUAGUCGUGAUUAUCUGAAAGGCUUCAGCACAUACUGAAAUAGUCGCCUUUUUGAAUAUUUAUUGACAAAAAACAUCAUAAACGUUCAAGACUUAAAGUGAGACUAUGGAAGCUUUGUUAAGCUGUAGCUGGUGUUGCCACAAGUGGAUAUUAUAUGACAAUGGUCAAUGCCAAAUGCCAUAGCAGAGUCAUGUGAGUCAUACAGUCUCUUAAAUGGCUUACUUAGUGACUCCAUUAUGGACUAAUAACUAGGUGACGUUUGCUGACAUAAGGUAACCAGUCAGUCCAUCAGAAGUUACUGGUCAUACCAGACGGAGGAAAAGCUGUUGUCUCUGCUUCCAAAAGUUACACAGUCUCACUUUAAAUCAUGUCAGAUCACACUGCUAACUGUAAUUUAACUGAAGAAAGCAGUAAAGAUGGCGCUGGGCGGGAAGAUUUUUUUGCUCAGACGUUAAUGUAGAAAACGGAGACUAAAGGUUUUCUUCGAAUUGAGUGAUGAACCUUUGCUGAGAAUCACACUGUAAGACUUCCCAAAACAAGAGGUAAAGUACAAAGUUUUGUUUAUUUUGGAGGAUUUCACAUUCUGUUGACUGCACAAAAACAAAGUUUAAGACGGGGUGAGCAAACGAAAUGUCAGACAACAAGAGGGGUCACUGAACCUGUGCAUGGUCAGCCCUUUAGCCUGAUCAGAGAGAGGAAUCACAGAGGAGAUGGUCAACUGCAAAACACGAGCUUAUGAAGUCACUUUGGUCACUCAUUCUUUAUUGUCAUCCGGAUAAACUGUGAUCUCGGUGUGAUGUGAAAGGUUGGUUGGUACAGAAAGCUAAAACAAGCUUGUUUUUAAUCAAUGUUUUCGACUUUUUUCACUGCCCAAGAUGUACUAUCAUCCUGUACACAAGGUUGAUAUGCCUGUGAACAUUCUCCUCUCCCCUCCCUUUACUGCAAAGUGUACAGCUCACAAAUGUAGCUCCUCUGUCUUGUAUGUGUAUUUGAUAUUAUUAUUAUUAUUAUUAUUAUUAUUAUUAUUAUUAUUAUUAUUAUUAUUAUUAUUAUUAUUAUUAUUAUUAUUAUUAUUAUUAUUUAAAGAAAAAAUCUGGAGAGAAUUACUGCAAAAGGGAGGGAGGGAUGGACUGAUGACGCACCAUCACAACUGAACAGAGAUACUUUAUUUUGUUUUUGUGUUAGAUUGAAGCCAUAAGUGGGAGUACAAGAAGAUGAAUUUGUAAAUUGGAUCAUGUUUUUCUGUUUUGUGGAAAUAUGUGGGACUCCAUUUGUGAUGUGUUCAUUUUCUCUUUUUUAUUCUUGUAUUAUGUUUUUGUAAAUACACAGAGAAGUAUUUCAUGGGUUUUGAAUAUGCUAGUAUAAAAGCUUCUCUUCCCUUA